CGGAAUUUCAGCUAUCGUGAAGUUCGUAACAUGUGAUGUUUCAUAGGAGUAUUUUUUGGAAAAAAAACAAUUUUAUGCAGUUGUGUUGUGUUUAAAAGUGAAAAAAACAGAAAUCCUGAAUAUAUUGUGCGUUGUGAAUUGUGAAAUGACCUUAUGUUUACCGCAAUAAACAUUAUAUGGAUAAAGCCGUCACUUGAGGUUGUAAAGAUAUGGAUUCACAUAUACUAAAUAUGUACCACCAGGCACCAUAUCGUACAAUUGGACAUAAGAUAAUGCGCUCCACUAGUAACUCUGUCUCUUCAGAAAGCAGUUGUAAUCAGAACAGUCCAGAGUACAUACAAAUGCAGCAAUCAGAAUAUAGGGAACAAUAUGAAGAUGAAAGUAGUGAGCCUCAGGAUUGGUGCAUAAAUAGUAAUCAAGAAGUAAAUACAACACAAUCAAGUCAUGACACUAGCUCUGACGAGGCAGAGGAUGUUGAGGAAAAUAUUGGAAUAGUUGAAGUUCCUUAUAACUACCAUCCUUCAGAAUAUCACAUGCAUGUAUCUGAUGAAGAGAAUAUCGAGGUCUCCUCUCUUGUGGAAGGAGCUGAUUAUGAUAUCAUUCAAGUAUAUGCUGUAGACCCAAAUUUAGAUCUAGAAGCUUCAUCGGAUGAAGAGGAAAGUGCAUAUCAAGCUGUAAAUGAAACGGAGGAAGAAAGUUCUAUUGUAGAAAAUAAUAAAUAUAGAUGUCCUAAUGAUUAUGGUCAUCAAGAAGACAGACCUGAGACACUACACGAUGGCUUAAAUUUAAGCUUAGAUACCCCAGUGGUUUCAAAUGUCGAUGAAUAUUUCGUGAACCCUAAAGAAAUACUAGAUGAGUCGUUUGUCAAAGAUGUUGACGAAUAUUUUAUAAAGAAUUCCGAAUCUGAACCUAAAACUACAGCAAAUGUGGAUGAUUUCUUCAUUAAAAAUAAUAAUUCUGAAGAAACUUCUACGAAUUUUCAUAUAGAAAAGCAAGUUCCUAAUGUUGAUGACUUUUUUGUGAUGGACACAGGAAAAGUCGAUCAGCAAAAUGAUAAUGUUACAGAUCCAAAUGCUGAUAUCUCAAUAAAUGAAUCAGAUUUAGAUGUUCUUCCCCACAUCGAGGAUAUUAAAAAAUAUCUGCUGGAAGAUACACCAUGUUCUAAACUUAAGAAUAUGCAAAGAUCAUGCUCUGUUCCACAUUCUCCCAUGAAUAUUUGUAUGGAUAUUGUAGACGCAAAAACUAGCUUGUCAUUCGAAGAUUUGAAUUUGGAUUUAUCAGAUUUGUCAUUUGAUAAUGAAAAAGAUAAAAGCUAUGAUAGUGUAAAUAAAGGCGACGAAAUUCCAUGCACUCUUACUGAUGAGGAUGUAAAUAGUUUUCUUAUCACUAAUAAAACAGAGUCUACUACUAAUCUUGCAAAAAAUGAAGAUGACUUUAGUUAUCAGGACAUGGAAAUAGAACAUCCAAUAGAAUCUUCGAUACAGAGUUUACCUGAAAAUCAAAAUAGAAAUCAUAAACCUAUGCAACAUCCCAAACCAGCAGUUUUGGAUUAUUGUAUAGAAAAACCUACAAUUAAAAAGGAAUUUACUAGUGAUACAAAGACUGAAUUGGAUGUUUUUGUGGAUGUUGAAUCAUGUAAUGAUGCUGUUAUACCAGUUUUAGAGGCAAACAACUUAAACUCUUUAUUGGAGCAAUUUGAGGCUACAGAGAAAUUAAAUACGAAGAAGAGAUCAACAUUAAAAGCAGAGCAGCAGAAAAUAAAAAGUUCUAACAAAAAUAGUUUGACAAAUGGCAUGCGAUUACAGGAUGCGGGAGUUCAACUGAAUAAAACAAAGAUGCAGCAAAUUUUGAUGCCGACGCCAAUAAAUUCAAGUGGCAGUAAAUCGCAGAGUUCUCUCCGAUCUGAUCAUGACUACUGCUCGUCCAAAAAGCGGAAUAGUGUGCAUAAUGUGAAAAAAGGACAAAGCCUACUUAAGCCUGAAGUGUUGUCGAGUAAUAGCAGAAUAAUAAAUUCUAGACAUAGGUCGUGUAAAAAUAAAAAAGUGGUGUACCAUUUAAGCAGUGAUGAUGAAAGCGAGAAGUGUAAUAAUAAUUCUAAGGCCAAAAAAAUGUUAAAAAGUGACAAUAGUGAUGUAAAAAAGAAAUGUAAUAAUAAACAAUCUGUUCAACCGUUAACAUUGACAAUUAAUCGUAAAAAACUUUCGCCAUCUCAUAGUAUUGACAAUGAUGGUUGUAUUAAGAGUAACAAUUCUGUGAUGAACAAAAGUGCUUGUAAAGCGAGUGAUAAUUCUUAUAGUCAAAAUUCUAAUGGUAGUAUUAAGUUAACUAUUAAAAAUAAAUCUGAAGUUAUUCUCAACUGUGAUUAUAAAGACUCUCAGAAAGAUUAUAACAAUACUGAUAAAUCUAAAUCUAGUAGUGUGAAUGAUAAAACUUCGAACUGUGUCGUAAAUAAGUCUAUAAAAGAAUUAGAUUCUAACAAAAAUAAAACCGCAUAUAGUAACGUGACUGUUAAAGAGGAACCCCGUCCGAAAGACAAGGAAGAGAAUUUCUACACAACUUUAUUUAGUAAUAAACAGGAUGUUCAGAUUCCACAGCCAAUGCAAUUGAAGGGGGAAAAAAGGCUAUUUGAAGAGGAAUUGCAGAGGAUAUCUGAGGUUUCAAUAAAGAAAGAUCUGGAACAACCAACAAAGAAAAAGAAAUUGAAUCUUCAGGAGUAUAAGAUGAGGAGAGUUAAUUCGAACAAUAGUUCAGCAACAGUGAGUCCAGAAGCGAUUUUUCCUGAUACACCAAAUUUAUUAAUAGACAAGAAUAAAACAGUUAUAAAUCAAACCACAUCAAUGCCGAAUAAAACAAUACAGCUAAAAGAAAUUGCACCCAAAGAUGUAUUUGAUCCAAUUAGAGAAGCUUCAAGAAAAAUUCUUAUGAAUACAAAGAAGCAGAAAGCCGAAGCAAUAAGAAAAAGAGAUGAGCAUAUAGUUAUGAGCAAGAUUCCCAAAGUGGAAAAUUUAGAACUUCAGCCAUUAAUAAGUGAUGCUGAAAUGAUGAAAAUUGUAGGUAUGACUCCAGCUGAAAAAUUGCCAAUACCAAUUGCACCUGAGAAACCACAAAUAUUUUCUGAUUAUGAGGAAAUUAUUAUGGUUAGUGUUGGUACAAAUACAGAUGAAAGUAUAUUCAAGAAAUUUGAUCGUAAUGGAGAAGCUGUAAAGAGAAAAGUUGAAUUACCACCAAAUGAUACAAAAUCUUUAAUUAAUUUUAAAAUAAAAAAAUCUGACCCUAUCCUUAAACAAAAUGUAUUUGAUACAGUAAAGAGAGACAGAAGGAGUCCAGUGGAUGUCAAAAAACAUGCCGAGCCAAAAAUUGAUAAAAAGCGAUAUAAAGACAUAACUGAAGCAUUGAAAAGCGUUGAAAAACAUGUUGAUACGAAAAUAUCUAGUAAUUCAUUAUUUGCUAGCAUACAAGAUGUGGUUAUGAAGAAGGCACCAGAAGAAAAAGAAACCAAACGGUCUAAAUCAUAUUCUCCUACAGAAAGAAAAGCCAAAAUAGAAUAUACUAAAACAUAUAUUAAAACAAUGGUAGUUCGAGAUUAUGAUAUUAAGGCAGAACAUGGAGAAGAUAAAGUUAUAUUACAUUUGGAGAAGAAUAGAAAUAAACCUCCCGCAAAAAAUAUCGUAGUGCAAACAGAUAUGAUAACAGAUUUUUCAGACUUGUCAACAUUGACAGCUAUGAUGUCAAUAUCCACAAAUAAACCUAAUAGUAGAAAGAGAAAAGACAGUGAUAUGUCAAUGUCGAGUGAGGGCAGUCCAGUCAGGGAUAAAGAAUUUAAAUCGACGAGUCCGAAACAGCGACUAGAGUCAAAAGUUGAAACCAGGAUUGACAAAAAACCAGAAGUAAGGGGAAUAAAGUGUCCAAUAUCAAAAGAGAAGCGUUCAAGAUCUAAAGACCGUUACGAUUCAAAAUAUCGACGCAAAUCACGGUCAUUAUCUCGCAGUCGUGGAAGACGAAGAUCUUACAGUAGAAGUCGAUCACGAUCACGUGGCCGGUACAGACGGCAUAGACACUCUGACUCUCCAUAUAAAAGGAAACGUCGUUCUCGAUCACCAUAUCGCCGGAGAUCGUCUUCUAAACGAAGAGACCACAAAAGACUGUCACGUUCACCCAUGAAAUGCAAUGUAUCUUCUCCAUCUAGAAGUCCGGUAUCUAAAAAACCUAAAUUAAGUCCUAAUUUUACAACUAAUGGUGUUGACAAAAAAUCUAAUCAAAUUAUAAAGUCUGUGACUCCUCCUAUAAGAAAACCAACAGUGUCUGAAAGUUCUGAUUCGUCUACUAGUUCUUCAUCAUCAUCAUCAUCGUCGUCGUCGUCGUCGUCUUCGUCAUCGACGACAUCUAGCUCUGACGCCUCGCGUAAGUCGAAUCGAUCUUCGUGUAGCCCGUACAAACGAGAGGGACUGUUCCAGAAGAAGGAUUAUAGAAGUUACAGUUCCGAAGACAGAGAAAGCAACACGCCCGUAGAAGAGAGACGGAUAGUGUUUGUGGGCAAGUUAGAGAAGGACAUUACUAAGAUGACACUUAGAGGGUUGUUUUCAAAGUUUGGGCCCGUGAUGGAGGUGCGCCUGCACAGUAAGGAAGAUGGGACCCGAUACGGUUUUGUGACGUACUCGCGGGCACGAGACGCGUGGGCGGCAGUGGAAGCGGCCGCUAGCUUCCCGCAAUAUGACGUUGGUUUCGGCGGUCGCCGCGCCUUCUGUCGGCACACCUACGCAGACUUAGAUGGCUUGGAAGCCAAAUACACGGAAAGCGCAUUCCAUGGUCAGGCAGCUGUUUCAACACGUCGCACCAACGACCAGUCCUUUGAGGAAAUGCUGCUAGAAAUGAAAAAGACAUUAAGUCAAAGGAAAAACGAGAAGAAACGCCACGACGAGCCUAAACCUUGACGAUUACUCCACACUAGCCACAUUUUAAAUAAAUUCGCGUCGGCCAUUUUGACAAUGAUUAAACUUGUGCAAAUGGCCGCACACGUGGGGUGAGUGCAAUGACUUUAAACACGUGUCAGUUGACAGCGCGUUGUGCAAUUCGGAAAAGACAAUGAAUUCAUGAUAUUUUGCUCACACUGUACCUAUUUCUAUAGUUAAAUUAUAGUACACUUUCGUUCCUUAGUUUAGUUUUUUACCUCACUGUAAAUAGUAGUUAUAGAUGUGUAUUAUUUAUGUUUCGUACAUAGUUCUUAUGUAUAACUUUUAAUAAUACUACCUCUUAUGUUUUGUCAGUUGUUAUAUUUGGUAAUAAAAUGUUGAUUGACCCCAAACACGAAACCCAUGAAAAUUGUAGGCAUAUAUAUACAUAUACUAGUUUCAAUAGUAACUGGCUUUUGUUUUAUAUGUUGUGUUGAAUACUAAAAUUUACUAUUAUAUAUAUAAAUAAAUGCUACACAUUUUCACGAUAAAUAAAAACAGGUAUAAUUUGGGGUCAAACAAACAAAAAUAUUUGUUGAGACGUUUUGUAAAAAGUGAUAAUUAAAUCAGUCAAAUACAUUAAUUUUUGUAAUUAUAAUUGGUGCUUACUUUCUUACUCAUUUAGUCUAUAUUUUUUUUAUACUCAUAAAAUAUAAGCAAGAAAGUUCGUGCUUUUAAGUUACAAAAUUAUUAUAAAAAUAUUUUAGUCUUGUACUGCAUGAAUUACGACUCUUUUAUUAUUUCUUCUUAAGUAGCGAUAUAUUUGUAUGCAUUACACUUGUAACUUUUUUUAGUACAAAUUUGCACCUAAUGUUGGAUUUUUGACUUUUAACAGUAUCUCGAUCCUUUGAACUUUACAAAUAUUAAAAUACCCCAAUUCUCAAAAUAAUUCAUUUUAAAGUAGCUCAUUAGUAGACAGUACUAUACCUACUUUUAAAUAUAAGGUAUAAGUGUUGUCAAGAGAGUUUUUAAAAUAAUUAAUAAUGGCAAAUAAGCUGAAUAAUUGAUAAAAAAGCGGAUAAAUUGAUAGAUAAUAGCAUUUAUUGCUUACACUUAAAAACAGUAUUGUUCUACUAGUGAAACUGAACAUUUUUCCUAGAGAUGACAAAACGUUUAAAGCUUCUAAUACUAACUUAACAGCUGGACAUGUCAAGUUCGUUAUGGAAGGGUAUUUUUCCGUUUGACAACUCCCGUCUUCUUGGGGCUAAAUUAAGAAUAUAUAAUGAGAAAGACGUAAACAAAGAUUUCAUAUUCUUUCUGCACAACUUUUUAAGUUUAAAAUGAAAGGAAAUAAAUCCAACGGUCAAACAUUUGGUAUUUCGAAAUUAAAAUCAAAUAUUCACUAGUAUACCAACACAUUACUGUCCUAUACACACAUUUAGGCACAGUCGUGUUUAAAACAUUUUCGAUAAUACUCUAUAGUGGCAUUCGAGCAUUCUUUAUUUGAAUAAUUGUAUCAUACAACACCUAACUCUUGAUAUUUCCUACUGAGAUUAUGUAAAUUUCAAAUCAAAAUGCAACCUAAUAUGCGCCAAUAGAUAUCUCACUCUUCGUUUUCGUUACAUUCCGGCUGAUAGUAAAUGACUACCGAUACCAAAUGUCACGUGCUUAUUACUUCAUCCUUUGAUGUAAGCCGAGGUGCAAUUUAUAUAUCAGUUGGGGAGAUUUGAGAUAUUCAAGCAAGAAACUUCGCUAUAAUAUACUUAGGCGGCUAAUAUUUCAUAUUUACUUUUAGCACGAUUUUAAUUCAUUUCGUAAAGAAAUUAUGUGAAACAAUAGAAGUCUACACAAUUUAACAGACUGUAGUCUUAUUAAGUGAAGGGUAACAUAAACUAUAUGGACUUAGUUCAAAAUCUUAAGAGUAAAAUCGGCCGUUAUAGCCUCUUCGAGAACAAUUUAUAGUGUAGAGUAGAUAUAAUCGUACAGAAUGCACUUAGUAUAUGAUCGCGUCGUAGCCUUGCAUUCAAUAUGCAAGGAACAAAAGGACUUUCGCACUUUGAGUCUAUUUGAAAAUACAGGGUAAUAACAUUUUCCCUAGUGCAGUGUUUUUCAAAGUCGCGACCUCCUGGGGAAUUCCCGCGCAUCUACAAGGGGGUUGCGGAAGGUCGCGAAGUCGUUAUAAAUAACGUUCAAACAGUUAUUUUUUCUAUUCAUAAACUGUUUAUUAAAUGGCAUUUAUUGUCAGUACCUAUGCUAACAUAAAUUAACAAAAUUAAAAAAAUAACCACGAUCACAUUAACGUGAAGUGUGCAUCUGUUUUUCGUUAAUCAAUUUCUUUCAUCGCGGAUUCUAUGAAAACAAAUAAAAAUCUACUUAUUUGGUAUUUAUAAUGUAAUAAAAUACAUACAGGUCUGGAACCGCGGAGGGUACGGAUCGCAAAAUAUUUUUACCUACUAAGGGGGUCCGGCCGUGAAAAAGUUUGAAAAACACUGCUCUAAUGUGUACAAUUAAAAAAAUUGUUUUGUCGCACGUUUUGUUUACUCUCAUUUUAGAACUAUCAAUAUUGCUUUUUUGAUAAUUAUCUUUUAGUAACUUAUUAAAUAAAUUAAUUCGUUUUGGAAACUUCUGCCAAGACAAAUCAUUGACUUUAUAGUAUAAAUAUAUUACACUUUAUUUUGGCAUCUUUUAAUCAAUAUGAAGGCCAAAAGUACAAAACAGUUUGUAAUAUUUGCUGAAUUGCUUGCCUCGGUCGGUACCAUACGAUGCUUGCCGCAUCAGCAGUAAGUUAAACGUUUUCUAGAAUAGCGAUUGGAUGAUGAUAUUGUUGUUAUAAUAUACUUCCCGGCACGUUGCUUUACGUGCGUUUUUGUUUCGUACGAUUAUGCCUACGCUGCGACUUACGUGCGAAGUGGCUUAGUAAUAAUUUGUAAUGCAAUAUGCAUCGAGUCAAUGAUUACUAUUAUGUUACCAAUUGAUUUUUAUAGUUUUAUAUAUAAAUAUGUUACUGUAAAUACUUUGGUUUAUAAGUAAAAGUUUAAAAUGAUUCUCUUGUUUUGUUUAAGUUUUUUUUUUUCAAUUUCGUUACUACCAUAAAAUUACAGACUUAUUUUUUUUAAUAAAUGAAUUCAUCAAUCUUUUAAUAAACAGAAACGAUUACUACGUAUAUUAUGGAACAAAGAGGAAAUAGAAUUUAAAAAAAGAACAUGACUGUUUCAAAAUUUCGAUGCCAAAGAGAUUUCGAUAUUGAUAAUCAUGGGAAUAAACUGAACAUGUUUUACUUAGACGUAUUAUAUAAUUUAUCCCUUGGGGAUAAUAUUACCAUCAUCAUGCAACUACGGCAAUAUUAUAAUAAUUAAAAUCGUAUCAAAUUAAAAAAAAGGUCGAUAUAAAUAAAUAAAUAGAUUAUAUAACUAAAAUUAUGUACAACUACAGAUAUUGAAAUGUAAUCGUUGUCUUGUUUUAUAUGAAAUUCCAUUUUAUAUGAAUUUUUUAAAUUUGUAAUAUUAAAAAAAUACUUUAUAGGUAAAAAUAAAAAUAGUAUAAAAUUACAUGUUUAUAUAAACGUAUAUGGCAAAAAAGAUUUUUAUAAACUACGUAUCUGGUCAGUCAUGUUGUUGAUGGAUAUUAAUUCGAUUGUAUCAAAUUAAUUCGAUUGUUAAGGAAAUUGGCAAAUAAGUUUAGCAACAUAACUACAUAAUAUGCGCAAUAACAAUCUUACGUACCUAUCAUUAUCAUAGACAAUUAGCAUCUAUAGUUUUGUUCAAGCCAUUCGCCGCACUUAAUGAUAAAUAUGUUCAGCUCUUAAUUACUGGCUGGCAACGGUGAUUGCAAAAACAAUUAAUUUUAUUAAAAAAAAAAAAACUUCCAUUGAGAUUGUAAGUGCCAAAAGUAACCGUUCCUAUUCUUUGUUAUGUCUAUUAUCUAAUCAUUUAGCUGGUAGAUCUAAAAUACAAAUUUUUAGAUUUUGCUACCAUUUAUAUAUUUAUAUAUAUAAAACCCAAUUCUUAUUCCCAUACAGAUAAUACACUCAAAAUUACCCUGAAUAAAAAAGUAACCGCGAAACAUGAUGGGAUUGGAAUUAUCAUUAUAAUCUUACCAAUUCUUAUUUCUGUGAUGUCAAAUUCUUGACGUAAAUAUAGGUCUCCUUAAAUUCUGUCUUUUUUUUUUAUAAAAUCUGUAAGAACAUUACAUUAGGACUACAAUUGCCAUUUUCUUGUUAAAAAUGAACGAAUAAAAAUUGCACAUCACAGUUUUUUUUUUAAAUAUAUAUAUUAGUGCUUGCAAGCUUAUUACACUCCUUUCGCGAUUUUCUGAUAUCACAAACUGACCGUACUUGGAUGCAAUCUAUUAAUGUUCGUCCAAUCUUGCAUGCAACUUUUCUCAAAAAUACUUUUUUUACCCAAUCGUGAUAUUUAUAUGUGGUAUGGAUAUAUAAAUCAACAUGCAGUGCUUUGGUACAUUUUUAUACUGGUACCUACUGUCAAUGGAAAUAUACGAAUCUACAGAGCUAAUAUGGAUGUACAUAGCCAUGUAUGGAAAUAUUGCGAUUCAGUAAUGAAGUUAAUAACUUGAUUUCGCGAACACUACUAUUUCUUGAAAUUAAUGUAUUAUUAAUGAUGAAGAAUUAUUGGACAUUGAAUAAGUCGACGCAAGACAUUCUCAGUAUAUUAUUUAAUAAAGUGUAAUUUGUAUAAAUGCACAAAUUAUACCAAUUAUUCAGGUUUACUGUUCAUGAACAACUUCAACGCAGACACAGCUUUCGUAAUCUAAUAAUUAACAUAUUAAAUAUGUUAAUUAUUAUUCUCAUUUCAUGUGAUUAACGAUUAACCUAUUUAAAGUCUAUCAGUUGAUUUAAUUUUGUUUUAGUUCCAAAAUUGGGAAAUAAAAUCUGUGUUUAAAGUACUUUUUAUAUAAUGUAUACGAUUAUUUAUUAUUUCUAAGUGAAAAUGUAAGUAAAAUAUCUAUAAAAAAGAAGUCAGUUUUAAAAAUAGAUUACAGUAGGUCGUAACAAGACUUUUAUCCAACUCGCUAAUGUAAAUUAACCGUUUUGUAAAGUGACAUUAUUACCGGUUGUCCUUCACAGAGUGGUCUUCUAAAACUGUUAUUUUAGAUUUUUUUUGUUGUUUCAUUUAUUUUAAAUAAAUCAAUUUAAAUUUACUGAAAUGAGUAAAAUUUUUUAGAAGUUAUAUGUUUUUAAUAUGACAAAUUUGGUUUUAUCCAUUUCUCAAAUAGAUUUCACAUCCAUUAUUAUUCGUAAUAUUACCAUGUAAUUCUACAAACAACCAAUCAAGGGCUUUAAACAUUUUAGUCUUGUAAAAUCGAUCGUGUGUAGGAGCCCUUACUUUAGUAGAUAUUUGUAAUAGUAAGUAAUUUUAUUAUUUCACUCAUUUCCAGUAUGAUCGAGCGCCUAGUCAGUGUUACUAGAUAUUUUGUUAUAUCUUGUGAUUGUAUUUAUUUAAUUUAAACAUAUUUAUAUUACGUUUUAUAAACUUUUAAGUCCAUUUUGUUAUUGUCAGCAUUAAAUGCGGUCCAGUAGAGAACUUAAUGAAAUAGUUAACGUAAUCGAUUUAGAAAGGUUGUUAUUAUUUUUGCUGGACCUCAAUUUUAUUAGUAAUUUUAGAAUUAUUAGAUCAAAAGCCGUUCCCAAUAACCUGUUCGUUUUUAUCUUAGAUAUAUUAAGAUAUUCAGUGUAUUCUGUGUUGCUCAUUGUUUUAAUAUUACAUUGUUAUUACAACAUUAAUGUUGCAAUAACAAUGUAAUAUUAAAACACUCAUGUCUAUAGGUGAUAGUUACCACUUUUUAUCAAGUGGUCCGUUACCUUCGCUGCCAUUCUAAAUUGCUUAAAUAUGUUUUUAUGUCCACCGCUCAUGAUGUAUUUGUUAUCAUUCUUGAGUUCUAAUAUCUUAUACCUAUCUCCUGUGUUAUUUAUUGUUUACUAAAUAUGUAGUAUUAUGCACACGUUAUUGUUUAUUUAAAUAGGCUAAUAAUAUGUGUAAUAAUAAUAAUUAUGAGCCACUUCUCCAUUUUGAUUGCGAAUAAUUGUUGAGCGCGUUUAUAAAACUGACUGAUAUUAAUUUGUAAGAAAUAUUAGAAAAAAAAAGGAUAUUGGGAACGGUAUUAAAUGUAUGGACUUUGACAUUAGUUUUAGUAUUCUUUGAUUAAGAAUUGGCAGUUCUUUUUGUAAUUUCUGAAAAUAGGCAGCUGUCAUAUUUGGGGUUUUUAUUCAAUUUAACACAUAAACAUUUUAAAUCUUUACAUAAAUACAUUAUAUUGUUUUAUUAUAUAAACCAUACAUUAGAGAAUAGAACAAUAUUUUUAUGAUUGAUGUUUUAAUUUGAAAUGCUAAAUCAAAAGCAAUAAAUAAGGCUUUUAAAUAAGUGAUUAACGUAUUCUUUUCUUUCUUGACAAAUUUACACAAAACAUUUUAAUUUUUGUUUAAUAUGUAAUAAUUUGUAAGUAACAACAAGUUUUUAGAGAUAUAUCGCAUUGUAGAUACCCAGUAGAAGUAAUGUUGUUUUUUGAUUCGGUGAUAAGCAAAAGUAGCUAAUACUUACCUAAUUAUUGUAAACUUAUAUUUUCUGGAAGUAGAGUAAUCCAAUUGAUAAAUAAUUUGCCAUGACAUGUUUUGAACAUGUAUAAUAACAUUUCAAGGGGGCUAAAUAAGUAGCAUACUAUUCCAUUUCAAUUAUAUUUACUACUACGUAUAUAAGAACGAGACAGCACAUUUAUACCAAGUUCCACUAUUAAACUAUGGCUGUACUGUAUAAAAGUAAUUUUCAUUUUGCAAAAUGUAAAAGAUUAAAUUAUUUGUCACUUGUGUUCUAUCACUAUUAGGGCCUACGCAGAUAGGACAAAUCUCGACCUCUAUUUUUGAUUUAUGUAAUGUUUGAAUCCGUGAUAAGUAAUUGGGAAUUUUCUUUGCGAAUAUAAUUCGCUUGUUUGUGCUGGCCCUAAUUGUGUAACUUAAAUAGACUGCUGAGUUAGAUUAUAUAUAUAGUGUUUUCAUACAAUUGUUUCGAUAAAAGCGGGUCAACAUUUGCACAUAAUUUUGCGUGAUAAAUAGUUAUGAGUGCUUCCUUUAUAACUUCUAUAUUUAUUUUGUCUUAUAAUUUCGUCAUCUUUUUAAUGCGUAAGUAGGUAAUGAAACACCGAUAAAAAAAAAAAAAAACUCGUCAGCUAUUUUGACAAUUAGCUGACAAAAAGUUUGACCCGUUUUUAAGACUCGACGCUCUAUCUUUAUAAUCUAAGAUUGCAGAUAAUGUAAAGUUGUUAGGUAGAUCUAUACCACCAAAAAUAAAAAUGCCAAGUGAAUAUUGGAAAAUAUAAAUAAAUACUUAUGUCAAAGUAGUUAUAAGUUUUAGUCAAAUUAUGUUAUUAGAUUUAGUUGAAACAGUAAUCGUUCCGAGUACUGGCGAUUCCUUUAAAUAUUUGACGUGAUUGGUAAUAAGUACAUGAAUAUAAUUGGAUACAAUUGAUUUUUAUGCACUUCGAAAAUAUAAUGUUAUUAUCUUGCUGGCAUUGGCGUAUUUAAGAUUUCCAGGGGAGCUGGUCCCUUAAACAGGUUCAUGUGUUUUAGAAUCCUCCGCUCUUAAUCAUGAGGUGGGUGUAAGACAAUUCUGGGCUGAGCAUGGCCCAAACGCUCCCUCCUUAAAUACGCCUUUGCUUGCUGGCUUUAAUGGAAUCACUAUGAUCCUCUGAAUCAAUCAUUCACUCGAUACUGAAUUGUUAACAUAACUGAACCAGAUGGAAACUUUGUUUAAACUAAUAUCUUUUUUACUGCCUUCACUUGCCAAGUACGAGCUAGCUAACUCGACAGCAAAAAGCGACAUUUAUGCAGACAGUUGCAUUAUUUUGAAGGGUACUACCCUUCAAAAUAAUGCAACUGUCUGUGUAGGAAGGCAUAAUACUCGACUCAGGAAUGGUAACAAUUGCAGUUUGUCGUUGCAGAAUAUGUAUUUUUUUUUUAUAAAAUGUAUUUUACAUUGUAUAAAAAAUCUAAUAUUUUUUAGUAUAAUAAUACGUAAUAUACAAGAUCCUUCGGGUAAUAUGAACUAACGGGACAGUACCCUUACCAGUAGCUUAUGGUUAAGACAUGUGAUUAACACGUGUAACGUGGAAAAAUGAAAAAUUCAGAUAUUUAACUAUAAAAAAUAUGUGUAAAUUACAAAUUUCCACAAGCAUGCUCUUAUAGCUCUUAUAGUAGCUUAUUUCAGAGGAUAGAUAGAUAUGAUUUCCUUAUAUAACAAAUGACGUAGUUAAGUAAUUAGUUGAAUUUACUUCAUUAUAUUUCCGGAGAGCCUCAAUGGAGAAAUAAAAUAUACUAAUGAACGAAUUUAACACUUACCGCUUGUAAAUUAGCAAUGAAAUCGAAUCUUAUGUGCUUAUAGAUAGAGAUUGGAAUUGUAAGAAGUGCGCAAAGUACAUAUUGAAGUCCAAUUAUUUAGUAUUGAUAGCGUUUAGUACAUACAUUUAUAUAUAACAGCGAAAAUGUUUUAUACAUAAUGUUGUUGAGAAUAAAGUAUUUUGAACAUAA